AUGUGCGUAGUUAGCGCAGCUUUCAGACCUCCAUUAAUUCGAUUUCUCACUCUGAUCAGGCCAGAGACAUGCUUCGACUCCCUUUGCUCUAAUCUCGACUUACCGGACCUUGUACAUCUCUCGCGCGUCAACAUCCGGUCACUUCAGAAAGUGAAGAUGUACAGUCAGAUCGCUUUCCAACCACACCGCAUGCUUCGAAACUUCCUACGCGCCGCUUGCGUUGAGGAACUGCUUGAUAUAAUGUGCCAAACCGGGACAAUUAUCUCAGGUCGUGCAGCUCUUCAGUUCUUCACGCGAGACGUGUUGGACGACUGCGAGCUCAAUCUGUACACAGAGCGGCAUCACGCCGAAAAAAUAUUCGACUUUGUGAGCGCGCGAGGAUACGCGUACUCUGCAAGGGAAGAUCAGAACGAGAAUCCAGUCAGGGCCUUCCAUGAUGCUUCUUCUGCGAAGAGGGGCGCACACCAGGUCAGCUCUACGAGCGCUACCGUCCUCGACACCUUCAACUUUGUUCGCCCUACGCUUUGUGGCACCGGCAACGCGGUCAUUCAGGUGGCAGUUGUGAGAUUUUGCGCCAUACACACGGUACUCAGCUUUCAUACGACCGCCCUCAUGAACAUUAUCACCCAUCGAGCAGCAUACUCCUUAUACCCCCGCGCAACAUUCGUGCAUAAAGUCGGGGUACUGCUAGCUUCGACCGAAGAAGAGGUUCCCACCGAUAUACGGUCCAAUGAUGAAUGGACCAUGCGAGCAUCGCUCACGUACUUGGACCUCGGCAAAAAAGCUGUCGGCAGCGAAUUCGCAACCUUUUGGCGUUACAUAGGCGAUUCUCAAACGUGGACGAUUAACUUCAACGAAAGGCAAGUGCGCAGACCGAACCAGCUGACAACAACAUCUGCUGACAUCGUCUCAGCCCUGACGCACCCCAAAGCCGCUCGCUACAGCCUGACUCUGUGCUCUUCAACUCAUGGUCCUUCGCAUGGCGGAACAACAAUGGCAUUCUUUGGCAUCCUCGCAUAG